AUGGGCGAAUCUCAAAGCAAGCCAAGGCGCUAUGAGGAGGCACGAUUCCAGAAGCCUCAAGCGAGCGCUCCUGCUCCGGCCAGUUUUCCGUCGACGAAACGAGCAUCAGUGGGAGUAAAAUCAACUCCUGUUCCCGUUGCUGCUGCCGAACGACCUCUCAUUCAAGUGUCACAGAGCACCAAUGUUGCUUUGGCUGAAGACCAAUUCGAUGUUAUGAUAUCAUGGAAUUACAAGGCCGAAGCUGACAGGCUCUACGAUGAUCUGUUGAAGGCAGGUUUUACAGUUUGGAUUGACAAGGACAGGAUGAGAGGCUCUAUAUUUGACAGUAUGGAGAAAGCGGUCCGCAACUCAAAAGUGGUUAUCUGCUGCCUCAGUAGAUCUUACGUGAGUUCUCGAAACUGUAACCAUGAACUCACCUAUGCUGAAGUUUUGAGGAAGAAUAUCGUGCCGGUUCGAUUUGAUACAGGUCCCUUUACAUGGGCAGAAGUGAUUACGGCAGGGCUCAAGUACUGCGAUCUGUCGAGUUAUCGAGCUGUAGCACAUGACUGGGAUGAAAAGGUCAGCGAGCUUAAGAAGGAUAUCAUGAAUGCCCUCAAAACUGCUACAGUGUUUGUGCAACCGCAAGGGACUCCGUUGCCCCAGAUUCCAUUCCCUCUCAGUAGAACUGCGGAUUCGGCAGUUUUGGUGUUGCUGCAGAAGCUGGUCGUAUGGCUGCAGCCCGUCCAGGGAAAAAUGGACGAUGAUAUCACGGCACUUUAUUCCACGAGAUUGAAAGGGACUCGUGACUGGAUGAUUAAAGAUAUUUCUAGUUGGAUUGGCCGGAACGAUCAACAGGUUCUUUGGGUGACCGCGGUAGCAGGUGCUGGGAAAUCGGUGAUUGCUGCCUCGAUGAAACGUCAGUUAGAAGAUAAUGAUCUAUUGGCCGGCUACUUCUUUUGUAAACAUAAUGACGAACAGCGAAACCAGCCAGAACGAUUACUAUUCACUCUAGCCUACCAGCUAGCUGUGACGUAUCCUAGUAUAGCCAAAUCGUUGGCGUCUUUACAGCAAGCAGAUCCCGAUGUAUUAAAAACUGCCAAACUGACACGACUCUUCGAUGAACUCAUCAGGAAACCUCUUUUGAGUGUGGAGUGGCAGCAGCCAGUAGUAGUGGUCGUAGAUGCAUUAGACGAAUGUGGACGAGCAGAUUCUGAUCCCCGUCGAGAACUGCUACAGCUGCUCGCCCAGUGGAGCCAAUUGCCCCCAUUUAUAAAGCUCUUUAUUACAAGUCGACCUGACCCCGAUAUUGUCAGAAUUUUAACUCCAUUAGAACCGCGAGUCUUGGAAUUAUCAGAGGCACACAACCUUGAAGAUAUCGAACAGUAUGCCAAAUACCAAAUGGCGGCCCUACAUCUAGAACAAAUGGGUGCAUCGUCAACUCAAGUAUCCGAUAUGGCAGUUGCCUUGGCCAAGAAUGCAGGUGGUCUGUUCAUUUGGCUGGUGCUCAGAUGCGACGAGAUACGUGAUAGUAGUGAUCCUUUACAGGCGCUGGAAUCUAUGUCGAAACCUGGGACCACCCUAGAUCACGAUAAACUUAUGGAUCAAGUCUACGAAAGCACUUUGAGCCGAGCAUUCGAACGAAUUUCCACCAACUCGCUUGAACUGUAUCCAGUAAUAGUUGGUACUAUUGUCACAGCCCGAGCUCCGAUUGGUCCAACCACCAUCGCAAAACUGGCCAACAUCAGUCCUGGUCAGAUCCUUACCUUCUUGCGCUCGGUCAGCUCUCUAUUGGUUAUCUCUGACACCGCCAUCCAGGUCAUUCAUAAAUCCUUUACUGACUUCUUGGUCAACGAGAACCGCUGCACCGACAAGCGUUUCUACAUUGACCGCAAUCGAGCUGAAAUUGGUCUUGCUGCAAGCUGUAUUACCAUUUUAAACAAGGAACUCGUGUUCACAUCUGUAACUAGUCCCUAUUAUAAGGUGGCGACUAUGUUGGGGAAAAUUUCCAUGCCAAACGGUCAUCUGGACUAUGUAUGCAGGUAUUGGAUGGACCAUUUGGGCUCUGUAUCGGUUGAUUCCGCUAUCCUUGAUGAGUUCAGGAAAGUACAUGGUGUAGAAGCAUUGUUAGCUGCUAUCGACGUGGGAAAUGGAGGAAUAUGUACUCAGCUGCUGAAUACAGUAAAUCCUGAGAUUGGGGUACAGCUCUUCAACCAAGCUGAAACUGGGAGGCAUUUACCAAAUCCGCUACUUUUCGAAGCUGCAAAACGAGGUUUUGCUAGUGUAUGCGAUGCGUUGCUUCGUUACGGUCGUGCCAAAGUCAAUGCCAAAGGAUCAAUGGGCAAGUAUAAGUGGACGCCACUCCAUGUUGCUUGCUACUUCAAUCAGCAGGAGGUGGUGGAGGUGUUGGUCAAACACAAUGCAGACUGGAAAAUCUUGGAUGAAGACCGAAAGCAACCGCUGGGCUGGGCUAGUGGGAAGACCUGGAAUAUUCUGAAUGAUUGGAUUCAAGAAGAGACUUACAAUGUUGAUGUCCAGGCUCUGGGUACAGUCGGUACGGCAUGCAAUGAAAAUAAGCUCGCAGUGCUGCAGAAGUAUCGGGCGGAUGGUGGUGACCUGGCUGUAAUCACACCCAAGAAACGGACGUUGCUUCACGUUGCUGCGAGGCAAGGGUACAUGGAGAUGGUAAUCUGGUUACUUCACCAAGGGGUGCUUGUGAACUUGAUGGAUGAUAGUGGAGAGACACCUUUAUUUGUAGCAGCCUCCAAAGGACGUCUAUAUAUUGUCAAGUGCCUGGUUGAGCAAGGAGGUGAUGUAGGAUUUGCCAAUCAGGACGGCGAGACACCUGUUUGGGCAGCUGCUGCAAAAGGACAUGGUGAUAUCGUCGAAUAUUUAAUGGACCAUGGAGGUGAUGUCAAAACUCCGACAAACGACGGGAGAACUCCAAUUUGGACUGCAGCAUACAGUGGACACCUGGAAGUUGUCAAACACUUGAUUGAGAAGGGAGGUGACGUCAAACUUGCCAAUCACGAAGGGCAAACACCACUCUUCGUCGCAGCGGGAUUAGGACAUCUUGAUAUUGUCAAGUAUCUAUUCGAGCAUGGAGGUGAUGUCAAAAUUGCCAAUCAGAAUGGAAUGACGCCCCUCUUUGCAGCAGCAUACAAUGGUCAUAUAAACGUAGUGAAAUGGAUUGCUGAGAACGGAGGUGAUGUCAAAAUUGCCAAACAGACAGGGGUGACACCACUCUGGAUUGCAGCACUUGGUGGGCAUACAAACGUAGUGAAAUGGAUUGCUGAGAACGGAGGUGAUGUCAAACAGGCCGCCAAUGACGGUCGGACUCCGCUGAGAGUUGCAGCAGCUGGAGGUCAUUUAGAGGUGGUAAAACUGCUGAAACAGCAUGACGCCGAUAUUCAACAGACAGAUAAUGAAGGAAGAAGUCCAGUCUGGGGCGCCUCAUAUGCUGGACACUUAGAAACUGUCAAGUACCUAGUCGAACAGGGAGGUGAUGUCAAACGAGCCGCAAGUGAUGAAAGAACACCGGUGUUUGUUGCAGCUCAAAAUGGGCACUUGGAAGUCAUCAAAUUCUUGGUUGAAAAGGGAGGUGAUGUCAAAAAGUCUGAUAACGAUGGAGACACCCCUCUGCAUAUGGCAGCUCAGAAUGGACACUUGGAAGUUAUUAAAUAUCUUGUUGAGAAGGGAGGUGAUGUCAAACUUGCCGCAAAGGACGGUCGGACUCCGCUAAGGGCUGCAGCGUAUGGUGGCCAUCUGGAAGUCAUAAAGUAUCUGAAACAGGCUGGAGCUGAUGUGCUGAAAGCAGAUAAUGAAGGGGAAACACCAGUAUGGGCAGCUGCCAAUGGUGGCCAUAUAGACAUUGUCAAGUACUUGAUCGAACAGGGAGGUGAUGUCAAACUUGCCGCAAAAGACGGUCGGACUCCGCUAAGGGCUGCAGCGUAUGGUGGCCAUCUGGAAGUCAUAAAGUAUCUGAAACAGGCUGGAGCUGAUGUGCUGAAAGCAGAUAAUGAAGGGAAUACACCAGUAUGGGCAGCUGCCAAUGGUGGUCAUCUAGACAUUGUCAAGUACUUGAUCGAACAGGGAGGUGAUGUCAAACUGGCCGCCAAGGACGGUCGGACACCGAUUGCUGUUGCUGCGGCAAAUGGGCACUUAGAAGUUUUGAAACUCCUUAAACAACAAGGAGGAAACAUCAACCAAGUUGAUAUUGAUGGAUGGACGCCUUUGUGGGCAGCGUCACAGAAUGGCCACCUUGACGUGAUUAAAUUCUUGGGAAGUGACGCCAGAAUAUCCAACAGGGAUAAAAGCACUCCUCUACAGGCGGCAGCUGAAAGUGGGCACUUGGAAGUCGUCAAAUAUUUAUUUGGGACGGGGUCUGAUAUUAAUAAUCGGGCUAAAAAGGGCUUCACUCCAAUGUACAUGGCAGCGGCAAAUGGGCAUUUAGAGGUCGUGAAAUACUUGGUUGAAAAGGGAGCUCCUAUCAAGCUUUCGAAUUGGGGCAGUGCUAAUCCUCUUACUAUCGCGCGGAAGGAAGGUCAUGCUGACGUCGUUAAACAUUUGACGUCUAUGGGUGCUCGAUAG